AUGUCUCAAUACGGAGCUAGCAACAUGGGAUCCAUCUCUGGAACAAAGAAGUUUGGAGCCAGUACUGGAUUUGUAGAUGGUGGCAUGGGCUCAACUCAGUUCAACAAUACCCAAACUUCAGUAGUUGGAGCCCAGCAGACCACUGCUAAUCUUAAGGGGAAACUCGGAGCUCUCCAGGAAAUGAUUAACCAGCUGAACGAGGAGCUUAAUUUCCAUAAGAAAGAAGUCAGUAUUUUGAAAUCUGAGAAAGAGACCUUGGAGAGUGUCCUCACCGUCAAGACUCAGGAUGUCAGAAAGACACUUACAAAUGAGCUCUUCAGGGUUGAGGAAGGCAUGAAAAGGCAUUAUGCACAUCAAAAAGCAGAGAAUUCAAGACUCCAACAACAAAUUACUACUCUUAAGGGAGAGAAGACCGCUCUCGAGCAACAGAUGCUCGCCUUGCAGAGAAGAAUUGCAGAGUUGGAAGACCAAAUUGGAUGUGAUGAUGACUAA